AUGGAACGACCCGCCUACGGACGGAGGCUUAUGCCUUCAGUUCUUGAUAGCCUCGCUAAAACGGACGCAAACAGGCUCUAUGCCGUAAUUCCCAACAACCCGGCAGAUGUUAGCCAAGGGUUCUGCGAUAUUACGGUUACUGACGUUGCAAGAUGUACAGGAGGGUUCAAUAUCCUUCAUACCGCCGAGGUUCGACCUAUUGUCUCGCAACUUGAAAAGUUGCAGCCAAAGAUACAUAUUUGGGAGGUUCCCUCGUUUGAACAAAUGUUGAAAAGCUCGCCUGAGCAUUUUGAAUACGAGAAAACUUUCGAUGAAGCCAGGGACGAUCCAGUGGUCAUACUCCACUCUUCUGGGUCAACAGGAGUACCCAAGCCGAUCACGAUGACGCACGGUUCAUUUGCAGUGCUCGAUAAUGAGCAUAACCUUCCCCAAGUUCCUGGUCGAAAGAAACGGGACUGGUCUAUGUGGACCUUCGAUGGCGAGGCACGAGUGUAUACUGUGUUUCCAUUCUUCCAUGUCAGCUUCGCCUUUCAGUACAAAGUCCAAACUAUCUUCAUGAACGCAUCGCCGGUUCUAGGCCCACCGCAUAUGGUUCCUGACGGCCGUCUCUUGAAGUAUAUAAUGUUACACCAAAAGCUGCGGUCUAUAUUCUUACCCCCUGCAGUAAUCGAGCAGUUACUCCACGAACCGGAUGGAAUUAAUUUCUUUAAGGGGCUGGACUUCUUAGUAUAUAGUGGCGCGCCCUUCAAUCCAAUUAUUGGGGAUCGUUUGUCAGAAGUUGUCGAAAUCAUCUCCCCGUUCGGCUCAACCGAGAUUUAUCCACAGCCUGAACUUGCGCCCGCCCGGGAGGACUGGGCCUGGCACGAGUUCAACCCUCUUGUCAAAUGUGAAAUGCAAGAAUAUGAUAUCACUGAAGGGACCUUUGAAUUGGUUGUCUUUGCGGAUGAAAGCAACAAAGACAGCAGCGCCUUGUACCACAACCUCCCAGGCACAAAAGAAUAUCGGACCAAAGAUUUAUUCAUACGUCACCCGGAAAAAACUCAGCUCUUCAAGUACUACGGACGCCGCGAUGAUAUUAUCGUUUUAGCCAAUGGUGAGAAGUUUAACCCUAUUCCACUAGAGGUGAAUGUGCAGAACCACCCAGCACUAAAGGGUGUCUUGGUCAUUGGAAAUGGCAGAACGCAAGCAGCCCUUUUGGUAGAGCCCAAGGAAGCGCUCAAGGAGCCCAGCCGAGCGGAGCUGGUUAAAGACCUCUGGCCGCUCGUAGAGAAGUCUAACGAUCUGAUUGCCGGACAAGGUCGUAUUCACCAUGGAAUGAUUCUCUGCGCUCUUCCCGAGCGUCCUUUUACCAGAACUGGAAAGGGUACUAUUGUGCGUAAACUAACAGAGCUGGCCUACGAGGAUGAUAUCGAAAAUAUUUAUACAGAGCGGUCUUACCGAAGCGAGCCUUUAAUUACAAUGUUAGAGCGCAGCCCCGAGGGUGUUUAUGAAUCACCAAUAGUUGUCAAGUUCCUCCGGAGAAUCAUUGCCCUAUCAUUUCCACGGGGAGCCGCGAUUGGUGAACGUGAGGAUUUUUUCGUGUACGGUCUUGACUCUGUGCAGACCUUGGAGAUUGUAGCGAAUCUCAAAUGCAAUCUCCAGCGCGAACCCGAGAGCCUAUCACUGGUUACGUGGAUCACACCACGAACUAUUUUCUAUAACCCGAACAUUGCAGAGCUUUCGGGGGUAGUGAAGAAAUUCUUGGAUACGGGCGAAACUCCACCAGAACAAUCCGAUCUGGCCGCAUCUGAAUCGGUUCGUCGUACUGUUGCGAACUACGUCCAGGCAUUGCCAAAAAGAUCAACAGCAUCCGAGGAGUCAGCAACAGAUCGCAUGAAGCAACCAGCGGCACUUACAGUUGUGUUGCUUGGAUCUACCGGAUUCCUAGGUUCUUACCUGCUUGCGAAUUUAUUGAGAAGAAAACAUGUUUCGCGCGUAAUCUGCCUCAAUAGGGCACGCGAUGCUCAGAGACGACAGCAAGAUAGCAUGCGUCAGCUAGGGGCGCUAUCUCUCCUGGAGAAAGUGGAAUAUAUGACCGUCGAUCUAGGACAACCACGUCUAGGGCUUACCCAAGACGACUACAGCAAACUCAUUCUUGAAGCUGAUAUCAUCAUUUAUAACUCGUGGAGACUCGAUUUCGGGUUAGCCCUUCGAUCUUUUUCGCCUUUCUUAGACGCUACGAGAGAGUUGAUCGAUAUUGCAGCCACUAGUAAUCGUAACCCGUCACUCGUUUUCAUAAGCUCAUUGUCUUCGGUGGCCGCGAUGGCUAGGCGGACGACAGUGCCUGAAGUCCCUAUCAAUUCCCCGUCAGCUGCAUUUGAGAACGGCUACGGUCAGUCUAAGCACGCCGCUGAAAGGAUAUUUGUAGCUGCAAGCCAGACGACCAGCAUCCCAAUAUCAAUAAUUCGCGUUUGCCAGGUCGGCGGUCCAGCAACCGAGGAAUACAUUGGGAACCCCUGGGCCGAUCAGCCUUGGAUUUCUGUGCUAAUAAAAACGUCGAAGGCGCUUGGAAUAAUCCCUACACAUGUCACUACAGUCGACUGGGUUCCGGUAGAUGUCGCUGCAAUAAUCCUAUCUGACAUAGCCUUGAAACCCCCUAUCAUAGCAAAGGCACAAGUCUACCACAUUUGCAAUCCCAAUCCCCAGAACUGGGAUAUGAUGGUUGAUGUUGUGCAGGAGAUGACAGAUGUAAGCCAGACAGCGCCGCUUGGAGAAUGGGUACGAAAGCUCCGAGCAAUAGUUGACCCAAGCACAGAGAAGGUCGCUGAAAUGCCCGCGUUGAAAAUGUUAGACUAUUAUACAUCACUUGCCCAAGGGGGCGAGAGGGCUACCUAUGAAACGAGCCGUGCUCUAGGAUUAUCACAAGUUGAGGUGCCGCUGGUGGAUAAGAAGAUGAUCAGGGGUUGGCUAAAUGGAUGGAAAUUAUAG